AUGACGAGUCCGACCAGAAACUUCAGCCUGCGCAACGUUAAUUCAAGCAAGCCGCAACUUGCCCGGACAGAAUCACGACAGUCCAUCGCUGCAUCAGACGACUACUAUUCAUUCUCUGAUCGAGCAGCUUCUUCAAGUCCCGAUAGUCAAGUUACUGUGAGACGAUUCAGAACUCCUGACUCUCGUCCCUCUUCCAACGCUUCUUCUCCUACCAUGGCACAGGGCCAACCCACUGCAGAGGAGCUUGGGUCUCAUCGCCCACAGACUGCCAGCACAGUCCGGUUUGGGGAAGAUCGAGUCACUCACAUGCGUCCUGAAUCCGAGGCAACAUCAUCCGACGAGACUGCUCGUCGAGAACCCAGUGACUAUGCCGGUCCUGCCCCCACUCCUGGACUGGAUGAUUCUCCUUACGUCCGGUUUGCAAUCGAUCAACUCACCCAGGACAGGUCUGGGGGUGUGACAAGACACGACUCCCUUUCCACCACUACUACGGGUGAUUACCCGACCGAUCGUAUGGUUUGGGAUGAAGGACUUGGCUACUUUACUCGCACACGUACUCCACUCCGACAUGACACGCCUCCAGUAAGGCCUUCAUACACUUCUCCCUCACCUCAGGCCCUGCCUCAACCGCCAAUGUCCGUGGAACCAGAGUCUUUCGAGGCUGUUGAUGUUCCUGAGCAGAGCUUGUUGUACCCUGCUUUGGACUACCUACCCAUCGUGCUGCGGCCGUGGGCCUUGGUACUGGCGAUGUUUGCCUCUCUUCUCAUGAUUGCCGGAGUUGUUUUCUGCAAUGUCUGGUCUCAGCGACAUGACGGAAUUUGGAACUACGCUGGUCAGGGCGGAGCACGUUACUUUGUUCUGCAAUUCUUGCCUCAAAUCUUGGCCGCGCCGAUCAUCAUGUGGCUGUUUGUUAUCCAAGCUGCUGUAUACCGCAUCGCACCUUUCUCCAUGAUGUCAGCUGAACGACAAAAGGGCCUCGUCAUGCAAGCCUUGCCAAUCCUCUCGAAGAAUUUUGUCUUUCCCAACUUUUCCCACUUCCGCAACGGAGAGCCACUGUUCGGUUUCGCUCUGUUCACAAUUUGGCUUUCCAACUUCUUCGCCAUUCCACUUCUCAGUUGCCUGUUCCAGGCAAAGUACUAUGUCAUUGAUGGAGAGGGUGUUUGGAGAUGGGCUUCCGUGCAGUCUAUUGGAUGGACCUUGGUUGCUUUGUACGGUGUCUUAACAAUUGGCUUGGUACUGCUCUUUUUGAGAUUCCUCCGCAGCAGAUCUGGAUUGAUGUGGGAUCCUGUGAGCAUCGCAGACUUGAUCUCGAUUAUCCAACGGUCAAACAUUCUGCACGACUUCGAGCUUUCCGAGACUGUUCCAUCCGUUCGUGAGUCUCUUGAUCCUCGCGUUCUCCGACUGGGCUACUGGAAAUUGUCCAGCAAGCCAGAGGUCUUCUACGGAAUCGGCGAAGUUGAUGCACCAAUUCGCACACCAUCUCUUCACCAGACCGAGAAAAACCGACAGAAGCAACCCCAGGGACUCGCCAGAGUCAACUUUGAUGUCGAAAACCAGACAGGAUUCUCCAAGGAUCCCGACAAUCACUUGUACUCACCCACUAUCCGCUACCGCUGGACCCCCUGGUUCCUUCGCAAGUUCUCAGUAUCCAUCUUUACUGUCAUCAUCCUUGCUCUCUUCAUUGCCUUUGUUGCUGUCAGCUUCAUUCACAAUGGCAUCGAGGGAGGUUUCCCUCCCAAGCUCCCAACUCUUCCAUCGACCAGUGCUUUCUCCUCAUCCAACUUCCUAUACAGCUUUAUUCCCGCGCUGAUCGGGAACGUCCUUUUCUUGGUCUGGCAACCCAUCGAUGUGUACUUCCGAGCUUUGCAACCAUUUUUCGAGCUCUCCUCUCCCAGCGGCGCAUCGGCUGAUAACAGCAUCCUGCUCGCCUACCCCUCCGCUUUCCCCUUCCGGGUCACCAUCAAGGCCCUCAUCAACCGCCACUACAAAGUCGCCUUCAUCUCCUUCAUGAGCAUGAUCUCUCUCGCCAUCCCCAUCCUCGCUGGUGGUGUUUUCAUCGCUCUCUGGUUCCCCUCUCAAGAUGACAUCCGCAUCUCCGCUUUGAUGCCUGCUUUCUACGCUUUGAUCGCCUUCUGUGCUCUAUACGCGGUCUCAUUUUUGGCAAUCUGGCCCGGCCGCCGCCGCUAUCUUCCUCACGACAUUACGACUCUCGCCGAUUUGAUGAGCUUUAUUUACCAAUCACCCCUGCUUUCCGACAAAAUUCUCCGCGAGCCCAGGAGUAAGACUGAUCUUGUGACUCGUCUUAUUGUUGCGCCUCCUUCGGAAAGACAACUGCCUCAAUAUGGCUUCGGUGUAUACAUUGGCCGUGAUGGUAAGGAGCACUUUGGUAUCGACCGUUUUUCCCGACCCGGCCGGACUGAUAUGCUCAUUACCACUGGCUCUAUGAAAUGA